AUGCGAUGUGUGGCGGGAGCGCGUGUGUGGCUCGCAAACACCGGUGUCGAUCUCACCAAUGUAGUGGAUGCGAUGUGUGGCACGAGCGCUUGUGUGGCUCGCAAGAACGACGGCACGGUUGUUGUAUGGGGAGAGAGCGGUCGUGGCGGUAACGCUCCCGGUGGUCUCACCAAUGUAGUGGAUGCGAUGUGUGGGGACGGUGCGUGUGUGGCUCGCAACAACGACGGCACGGUUGUUGCAUGGGGAGCCAGCGGUAAUGGCGGUAUCGCUCCCAGUGGUCUCACCAAUGUAGCGGAUGCGAUGUGUGGCCACAAAGCGUGUGUGGCUCGCAAGAACGACGGCACGGCUGUUGCACGGGGAGACAACACUAUGGGCGGUGACACUAGCGGUGUCGAUCUCACCAAUAUUCAGGUGCCGACGCCGGCGCCAACCCCGGCUGCGGCAUCUGCCACUGGCGAUCCGCAUUUGAUGAACAUCCACGGAGAACGUUUCGACUUGAUGAAGCCUGGGAAGGUCGUGCCGGUGCAGAUCCCGCGUGGAAGCUCUGCCGACGACUCGCUUCUGACCGUCGAGGCAGACGCGCGCCAGCUUGGUGGUUCCUGCGCGGACAUGUAUUUCCAGAUGCUCAACAUCACAGGGGCUUGGGCGGACAAGGUGCGUGCCGGCGGGAUCACCUUCACCACCAGGGAGGCGCGCGAGGGGACGUUCCAGAUAUCGAGCUGGACGAAGUUUGGCCCACUGGAACUAAAAGUCGCGCACGGCCACGCGCACGAGGGCAUCAAGCACUUGAAUUUCUACGUCAAGCACUUGGGACUUGCCGGCGCCGUUGUCGGAGGAUUAUUUGGAGAAGAUGAUCACGUCGACGCGGCUACGCCAGGGGAGGGUUGCAAGAAGACAAUGGCGCUGUCGAAAGGCUCCUCAUCGGAUGCGAUCGCCUCCGAGGCGAUCGGUCUCAUGUAG